CUCAUCUUCUCACUCGAUUGCUAUUAUGCUCUAAUUGAUAAGCUACAUUUAAUGCCCUUGAAAGACCCAAUUAAUUGGUCCUAUACUCCAAUUAACCAACCCCCAACAAAUUUAUCUAACACAGUAAAGCACAAUUUUAAGCACCCUUUCGAUUUUUCAUAACAUUUCCUUCUGUCACCUAUCUCAACUGCAAUGGAGUUUCAUGGAGAUCAAAGAAACCUCUGGAGCUUCAUGGAUGAAGAAAGAAAGAGCAUCAAGUUACCUCGGAGACUUUCCUUUGGUAGUAACCAACAACAAAGUUCGUCAUCCGAAGUACCUAACACUCACUUAGCUUCUGCAGCAAGACCAUCUAAUGCUGCUUCAGAACCAUCAAUUGAUGCAAUUCCUCCCAGACCUAUGAGCCCCGGCACGCCAUGGACACUCUCCCCGGUGCGCACUUCUCCUUCCCAACCUCUUCUUUAUCAUUGCAUAGCCUCCCUCCACCGCCAUGAAGGUAACAUUUUCUCCAUCACACUCUCAAAAGAUUUCAUAUUCACCGGCUCAGAAAGUAGCCGGAUUCAUGCUUGGAAGCAACCAGAUUGCACCGAGAUAGGUUACAUAAAGGCUACUUCGGGUCAAGUUCGAGCCAUAUUGGCCUAUGGGAAAAUGCUGUUCACCACACAUGGUGACUACAAAAUUCGGGUAUGGGAUGCAUCAUCCGCAGAGAAUUUUAGACCUAAGAAGAUCACAAGCUUACCACAAAGAAAUCGAUUCUCUAAUUUGUUUUCGAAAAAGAGCAGCCAGCAACACAAUGAUCACAUCUCUUGCCUCGCUUACAACAAAGAAGACAAGCUGUUGUACACAGGCUCGUGGGACAAAUCAGUUAAAGCUUGGAAGAUAAACGAAAAGCGUUGUGUCGACUCGUUCAUUGCUCAUGAAGGUCAUGUGAAUGGGAUUGUGAUCAACCAGGAAGAUGGGUGUGUUUUCACUUGCUCAUCAGAUGGCUCAGUCAAAAUUUGGAGAAGGGUGUUUGGUGAAAGUUCACACAUACUCACCAUGACCCUGAAGUUUCAACUUUCACCAGUGAAUGCCAUGGCAUUGAGCUUGUCAAAUAGCACCACCCUCCUCUACUCUGGCUCAUCGGAUGGGCUCAUAAACUUCUGGGAAAAAGAGAAGAUGUCUGGAAGAUACAACCAUGGUGGGUUUCUGCAAGGUCAUCAUUUCGCCGUUCUUUGCUUGGUAGCCUUGGGAGAACUAAUCUUCAGUGGCUCUGAGGAUGCAACCAUUAGGGUUUGGAGGAGAGAGGAAGGAAAUUGCUUCCAUUCUUGUCUCUCUGUCAUUGAGGGACAUCACGGGCCGGUUAGAUGCUUAGCAGUGUCUUUGGAAACAGAGAAUGUGGUAAGGGUUAAGGGUUUGUUGGUUUAUAGUGCAAGCUUAGACCAAACUUUUAAGGUGUGGAGGGUUAAGGUUUUUCCAACUGAGAAACUAAACUUGGAUGAGUCUGCAAAAGAUCCACAAAGAGAGAUUUUGGAGUGCGAGACAAGUCCAGUGCUGUCACCUUCAUGGGUGGAGAAAAAGCUUCAGGGCAACUUUUUCCAGUAGAAUAGAAGGCAGAACAUGGAACAUGUAAGCUUUGAUCCAUUGCUUAAUUUUUAUGAUGAUUCUACACCAACUCAUACCAUCGAACUACAGCUACCAACUCAGAAAUACAAGAAGACUUCAAGAUUAGUAUCCCAAAAGUUUCAGGGACCAGUUUCAAUUUCCAGAUUUGAGAACUGGGAGCCCUCUAUCGUUCAUAGUUCCACAUUCCAUUUUCAAACAACUUCAGGGACAGGAAAUCCAGGAUUCCAGGCCUCAACGUUACAUUGCCUCUCUUAGUUCAGAGUUUAGGGUGAUUUCAUUUAAUUUUAACAUCAAUU